AUGACAAAACACUACUUCACCGUUAUAUUCUUUUUUUUUCUUUCUUUCUGUAUUAUCGAGGCGAGAAUAAGCGGGCUUGAAGAAGCAUUGCUCCAUUACCUUGAGAUGCCUUGUGAGGAUGCCGCACAAAGUCUGCGUCGUAGUACUGACUUCAUUGCAUACGUCUACUCUUUAGCAACGACGAGGAAUGGCUGUAAAGUUACGACAGCGGGCACCUUACAGGCUCUACGGGUCAAGACAGCCAAAACCUUGACCUCACAGCAUAAAUCAGCGAUUAGCAUAUUGCUAAGUAAUCGACAGCUUGACUUCAUCGGCAUCUUUCUUAGGUGCUUUUUCAGCGAUAAAAUAAGAGGGUGGCAUAGGGAUAUAACAAAAAUGAAAAAAUUUGGUGAAGUUGAUUUACAACCAGAAGUGCAAUUCCAUCCAUUGAAGGUUUUGGUGUGUUUGGUCCAGAACUGCGUGCCAGAUAGGAGGCUUGAAUAA